AUGGUAGAAGAGUCCAACUUCCAACUUUUCAGAGACUGUCUGUCCACCCAACUCAUCGAGAAUUCUACCACAAGCACAGCCAAGAAACCCCGUAGAGCGAGAGCCGGACGCAAGAAUGCUAUUAAGCCUGUUAACCAGACAGAUGAGCCGAAUGAUGCUGAGGAGCUUGGCGAGUUCAUAGAUUACCUCGCGACAGAAAUUUUCGCCAAUCUCCCAGCCGAUCUCAGGACAAUGACAUAUUCUAUUUGGCUCAACACGCCUUCUCUUCAAGCCAAAUACUCCGAUCCGCUACCCACCAGUACAAAUAGCAAUAUCCUUGGCUCCCUGCCCCAAAGCAUAGCCGACACCUUAACAACCUACUCCCUGCUUCCAGUGCAUAAAACCACCGACGAAUAUCUAAACCCUGUACUCUCAACCUACAUUAACACUCUCCUCACGCCACCGCCACCACCACGGACAACCAGCAACCAAGCAACUGAAUGCGAGAUUUGCGGUCGGUCCUGGAUUUCCUUGACGUAUCACCACUUGAUACCGAAGAGUGUACAUGCGAAAGUCUUGAAGCGAGGGUGGCACACAGAGGAUCAGUUGGAGAAUGUCGCUUGGUUGUGUAGAGCGUGUCAUAGUUUCGUUCAUAGGGUUGCGAAUGGGGAGGAGUUGGCGAAGGAUUUCUUUACUGUGGAGAGCUUGGUUGAGAGGGAGGAUGUGAGGAGGUUUGCAGAGUGGGUUGGGAGGGUUAGAUGGAAGGCUAGAUGA